UUUCAGUGUUUUGUCGUUCAUUGCUAUGAAAAGCCAUUCAUUGAAUUGAUUUUGGCUUUCAUUGAAUAUAAGCAUUGAUUUACACUAUAAUUGCGUCUAUUAGUCGAUAAUAUAUUAACAAACAUAACAAACAUUUCAACUAUUGUUAACAUAAUUGAGGCAAUCAUUAGUUAACUAUUAGUUAGUAUUAGUUUAAUAUUAGUUAAUAUUAGUUAAUAAAAACAAUUGAAUUCAAUGUAUUGUUUAUGGCGUUCAAUGCAAUGAAUGCUAUGUAUUGAAUGUAUUGAAUGAUCGCAACAAUAGACGGAAGCAAUGAGUGACACACUGUCACCACUGAAUUGAUCCAAUUGUCUCACAGUUGUUGUGUUUUUAACUUAUUUGUUGUUACUGUUGUUGUGUCCCAAUCACCACAAGUCAUGGCAUGUCUUAAUUCACUUAAGGCUGAUAUCAAACGUCUGGAGAAGACAUUCCCCAAAACUCACGAUAGGUUUCAAGUGUUGACCGCAACGGUCGAUGAGAUCUCAUGUCGUUUUAUUUCAAACAAUGGAAAGAAGUAUGAAAUACACGCAAACAUUACGGAAACAUAUCCAUCUGUACCUCCCGUUUGGUUCUCCGAGUCUGACGAACCAAUCAUCACAAAUGUGGUCCAAUUGCUAAGCAAUACGGAGGGCGCAGACAAUCAUAUGUUAAGACAAGUGAAGAUAUUAGUUGAAGAGUUAUGUCGUGUUCAUACUAUGCCACUCAUUCAAGACAUUAACAAAUUGGACCAAAUUGUGUUAAACGAGACAUCAAAUGGUCCGUCAUUUAAUUGCGAUACCAUUACUGAUGAAAUAGAGUUUGAUCGCAAUUCAGUCGAAUUGGUGACCGAUGAAGACGAAGACACAGAUGAGGAUGAGAUGUUGGUAUAUGAAGACUUGCACAUAGAAAUGGAAGAAGAGAACCAAAACCAAGAGAAGAACAAAGACGAGGGUCUCUCCACAGAACACACACAAACACUCGAAAGGUUACGACAAACCCAAAGAGAUGGUUACCUCAAAGGUUCGGUUUCGGGUUCAGUUCAGGCAACCGACCGACUUAUGAAAGAACUCAAAGAAGUGUAUCGAUCGGAAAGCUUUAAGAGAGGAGUCUUUACUGUAGACUUAGUUAAUGACAGUCUUUAUGAAUGGAAUGUCAAACUUCUUAUAGUUGAUCCCGACUCACAACUGCACAAUGAUCUACAAGUCCUUAAAGAGAAAGAAGGAAAAGAUUUUAUUCUUCUUAAUGUUCUCUUUAAAGAGGCCUUUCCAUUUGAACCACCAUUUGUACGUGUAGUACAUCCAUCGAUUACAGGAGGAUAUGUAUUGGGUGGCGGAGCCAUUUGUAUGGAAUUACUUACUAAACAGGGAUGGAGCAGUGCUUAUACUAUUGAAGCCAUUAUAUUGCAAAUAUCAGCCACUCUUGUCAAAGGAAAGGCACGCAUUCAGUUUGGGGGCAAUAAAGGUCAGUAUAGCUUAGCCCGAGCCCAACAGUCCUUCAAAUCUUUGGUACAAAUUCAUGAAAAGAAUGGUUGGUUCACCCCUCCCAAAGAAGAUGGUUAACUUAUAUAUUACUCUUAAGAUAAUUAUUUUCUUGUAUUAUAGCAAUGUAUAUAAUAAUUACUUAUAAUAACAAAAAUGUAUUGAUUUAGGAGUAGCUAAAUGAUGUCCGAUCGCAUCAAUAUAUUUCCAAUUUAUUAAAAUACAAACUAAGACCAUAUGCUAUAUA